GCCAGCACACAGCCAUGCGAACGCCUUCCCUGCUCGGCUUCCGACAGGAGAAACCGGGGCCGCAGUCCAAACAUUAAAACAUACAAAUUGGACCUAAAAACCCCACCCCGGCCUCCAAAUUCCGAGCACAAACGUCCUAAGAGUUAAGCAGCUGAGGCCAGCGCCGCGACCACAGCUUGCACUAAACGUGCGGAACUAGGAAGAGGAAUCGCCAGCCCCGCUGGGCGUCACUGAUUGGCCGCCGGCUAAGCUUGGAACUCUGGGGCGUGUGGCGUCACAUCCGCCGGGGCCGCCAUCUUGUUCCCAGGGGCAGUUGGCGGAAGAGAUCGCGCUCCCAGGCCGCCGGCUCGCUUUCUGCUUGGAGUUCUCGCGGCCCGCGAUUCGGCCUCUGCUCUCGAUCCGGGGUCCAUUCGUCGGUGUCCUGGUUGCCUUCCCUCACCCGGCUGGGGCACAGCGAGGAGGCCCCAUCUUCCGACGGCGUUCCAUGGAGUAGGGUCCCGGACCGUUGUCCCGAAGAGCGAGAUUGAGCUUGGCCCCCUCCCCCUCCCUUCUCCCUCCCUCCUUCCUUCCGCCGCAACAUGGCUAACAACAGCCCCGCGCUGACAGGCAACUCGCAGCCGCAGCACCAGGCGGCCGCAGCCGCGGCCCAGCAGCAGCAGCAGUGCGGCGGCGGUGGCGCCACCAAGCCGGCAGUCUCGGGCAAGCAGGGCAAUGUGCUGCCGCUGUGGGGCAACGAAAAGACUAUGAAUCUCAACCCCAUGAUCUUGACCAAUAUCCUGUCGUCGCCUUACUUCAAAGUGCAGCUCUACGAGCUCAAGACCUACCACGAGGUGGUGGACGAGAUCUACUUUAAGGUCACACAUGUUGAACCAUGGGAGAAAGGAAGCAGGAAAACAGCUGGCCAAACAGGGAUGUGCGGAGGGGUUCGAGGCGUUGGGACAGGAGGAAUUGUUUCUACAGCUUUUUGCCUGUUAUACAAAUUAUUUACUCUGAAGUUAACUCGCAAGCAAGUGAUGGGUCUUAUAACACACACAGACUCUCCAUAUAUUAGAGCCCUUGGAUUUAUGUAUAUAAGGUACACACAGCCCCCUACAGAUCUAUGGGAUUGGUUUGAAUCCUUCCUUGAUGAUGAAGAGGACCUAGAUGUGAAGGCUGGUGGAGGCUGUGUAAUGACCAUUGGAGAAAUGCUACGGUCUUUUCUCACAAAACUGGAGUGGUUUUCUACCUUGUUUCCAAGAAUUCCGGUUCCAGUUCAGAAGAAUAUCGAUCAACAGAUUAAAACCCGACCAAGAAAAAUCAAGAAAGAUGGAAAGGAAAGUGCUGAGGAAAUAGACAGACAUGUUGAACGCAGGCGUUCAAGGUCUCCAAGGAGAUCACUGAGUCCACGGAGGUCCCCAAGAAGAUCCAGAAGUAGAAGCCAUCAUCGGGAGGGCCAUGGGUCUUCUAGUUUUGACCGAGAAUUAGAAAGAGAGAAAGAACGCCAGCGACUAGAGCGUGAAGCCAAAGAAAGGGAGAAAGAAAGGCGAAGAUCCCGAAGUAUUGAUCGGGGGCUAGAACGCAGGCAUAGCAGGAGUAGGGAAAGACAUAGAAGCCGUAGUCGAAGUCGUGAUAGGAAAGGGGAUAGAAGGGACAGGGAUCGGGAAAGAGAGAAAGAAAAUGAGAGAGGUAGAAGACGAGAUCGUGACUAUGAUAAGGAAAGAGGUAAUGACCGAGAAAAGGAGAGAUCAAGAGAACGGUCCAAGGAACGGAGAAGUAGGGGUGAGGUAGAAGAAAAGAAAUAUAAAGAAGACAAAGAUGAUAGGCGGCAUAGAGAUGACAAAAAAGAUUCCAAGAAAGAGAAAAAACAUAGUAGAAGUAGAAGCAGAGAAAGAAAACAUAGAAGUAGGAGUAGAAGUAGAAAUGCAGGGAAACGAAGUAGAAGCAGGAGCAAAGAGAAAUCAAGUAAACAUAAAAAUGAAAGUAAAGAAAAAUCAAAUAAACGGAGUAGAAGUGGCAGUCAAGGAAGAACUGACAGUGUUGAAAAAUCAAGAAAACGGGAACAUAGCCCCAGCAAAGAAAAGUCUAGGAAGCGUAGCAGAAGCAAAGAACGUUCCCACAAACGAGAUCACAGUGAUAGUAAGGACCAGUCUGACAAACAUGAUCCCCGAAGGAGCCAAAGUAUAGAAUCAGAGAGCCAAGAAAAACAACAUAAAAACAAAGAUGAGACUGUGUGAAAAUUUUUUGUAAAAGUGGAUCACAUUGAAUCCUAUAAAUGUUGGGUUAAAUCUGCUUUUUUUUUCCUCCCAAGUUGAGAUUGUGCAGUAGUUACACACUCUUCAAGCUCCCUGUAGGCUGCAUUUUCAUUUCCUCUUUUGUGUAGGGAAGUGCCUUUGUAAUCCCAUUUAUUGCAUUGAUGUUUUCACCCAACUGUUGAGUUUGAUACAUGAUGCACAGAUUGUUCUUGCAUUUUAUUGUUUAAUUGUUUUUGAGAUGUACAGUCUGUACAUAUGUCCUGGAAAUGUUUUAAUUCCGUUGGCAUGGUUGCCAUGUUGGUUAAAUUUGUAUAAGGCAAUAAAAUGCCACUAAUUCUAUUUUUGUUUUGUAGGUGUGGGAUUAUGGUUUGUGUACUGAAGUUAGCAUGACUGUGCUUUUCGUAAUAGAAUGCUAAAAACUAUGAAAAUGGAUCUUGGAUGUCUAUUACAGGAGAAUUUCGUGCUUUCAGUGUACACGAAGGCAGCAGUUGUAGGAUUAACAUUCUUGUCCACUGUAUAUUAUCUUGGAAGGCUCUUGUUAAUAUGUUAAACCUAAUAUUCUCCACAGUUAACUUUAGAGAGAAUUUAGAAGUUAGUUUCUGAUGCAGAGGUUUCAAUUAGGCUGUGAUUUGAUCAAAAGUCCUUUUAGCAUUCUACCUCAGAGGGACACUAUUAGUAUGCCUAAAAUUUAUUCACUUAGUUUUCCUUUUUUAUUUGAAAAAAUACAUGACAUGUAAUCUUUUUCUUGAAUUUUUUCAGAGUUUAAAGUACUAUAUAAAAGGAGAAAUUAAUGUCUAAAGCCUAGCAUUCUUGCAGCAACCCUAUACUAACGUGAAAUUGGGAGCGGGUGGGGCAGAUGAGUAGAGAAAUAGAUGUAAGCCUCAAGCUUCCAAAGCAUUUUUAUAAAUGGAAAAUACUUAAAUUAUGAAACAGCUUGAUAUAGUGUCCUUUUUUUAAAUUCAAAACUUUUUUUAUUGAUAAUGAAGUUUGCUGUUUGAGUUUUUAAACUUAAUCUAGAACAGAGAAGUAUUAAAAGUAAUGCUAUGCUGCAUUAUUUAAGAUAAUCAGCAAAUUAUUUGAUAGAUUGUUCUUAUGACUUGUAUUCUGAUUACAGAGAAGGAUCAUGAGUGUGGAAUAAAUACUGGAUUAAAUCCUUUAUCCUGGGUGUUGGCUUUCCCCCAUUUGUUAACAUUUAUAAGGUAUUUUUACUGUGGAAAUAGAAUGUUAGUAGAGUCACACUUUGUGUAGAGGGAUAUCUUAGUGCCCAGAUGACAAGUGAAUUUUAAAUGUGUAGAUAGAAUUGGAUGUAUGUGAUAGCCAGUAAUCCUUACUACAGUUCUUAAUGGCAGUUCCCUUUGUCCUUGGGUGUUACGUGUGUCACUAGGUUGUUCUUUGGAUGAUUACUUAGUUUCACAUCAGAGGUCCUUAUUGAGGGACUUUGCACUUGGAUUACAUAUUAGAAUCAUUUAAAAUUUGGACUUGAAGGAACUUUUAAAAGAUAACUCAUCCAUUUCUUUUUUGAACAGAGAAAUAGAGGUCCAAAGUGAUUUGUUCAGUCAUUGCUAGGACUAAAAGUGAGUCUCCUCACAGUGUAUACCAUAUUAACAUUUUUUUUUAUCUCACUGUUCAUAUUGGCCAACUGAUGGGCACCCAGAAGCCACCUUGCAAAAAGUGUUAAAUGGAACAAAGGAGUACAUUUGGAAAAGUCCUUCAUAUGUGGGCUUAACAUUUGUACCUACCGAACUCCAGAAAAAUCUCAUUAAAUGAAGGAAUUCUUCUAUGAAAAUGCUAUGUUUUUUCUUUUAAGAGUAUUCAGUCAUCUUUUAAACUGAGCAUCAAGUGAAUUAACACUACACAUGUAGAAAUUAGAAACUGUUCCUGAGUGAUGAAAGCCAAUAGAUUUAUCUUUGAAAAUUUUAGCAUACCUGAAUGGAUGGUGCUACUCCUUUGAAUAUAGUUCUACCUGAAAUAUAAUUAAUUCAGUGGUGUGUUUUGGUAAAAAGUGGAAACUAUUUUAAAUAGAAGCAAAAAUAUCACACAGCAUUUGAUUUCCUAUGAUUUUUUUUUAAAGUUUGCUUUUGAGGAGCAUUUUGGUAUAUAGAACAUGUAAAUAAUACUAGUUAAUGCCGGUUAUAUGCAUGACUUAAUUUGGAGAGUAGCUUUCUAAAAGACUGCAAAAACAAGUGGCUCUGAAAGAUGUCUCAGGAUUGUUUCUUGCAAUCUGACAAAACUUAAAAAGCUUUUGAUAGUUUAAUAUAACUAGCAGCCUCCAUCCAGUUUUCUCAACUUAUUAAAAUGAUUUCACCUUUCCAUGUA